AUGCCAUCACCACCACAGAACAUCCCCUCACGGGCCACUGAUAUCGAUGGUCAGCUCUCCGGAACCUCCCCACUAGGUAGGACGGUUAGCGCCUCGCACUCCUUAGCAGGCUCAUACAGGAGACCCAGCUUCUUCACCAUGGGCGGCCCUCGAGGAACAGUCGUUCCCCAUACCCACGGAGCAGACAACCUGACGGAUGCAGAACGGGAACGGGCACGGGAGGAGGAACGGACAUUGUUGGAAGACAAUGCCAUCUCAUACUCAGCAAGCAAAAAGACCAAGGGGCCUUCUGCUGGGCCGACAGAGACGACUUCGCUUCUAGGGAACGGUCAAGAUGCUUCAGCCAACGGAGAGGAAGCUUCUGCUGAUGCAAUCAUCGACCAGAAAUGGGAUGAUGCUGUGAUGGCGGGGUUGAUCAAGACGACAUGGGCAAGAGAGGCAAAAGUGCUGGUGCAAUACAGUGCUCCUCUGAUAUUCAGCUUCCUGCUCCAGUACUCCCUUACUAUUGCUAGCAUAUUUACUGUUGGCCAUAUCGGCAAGGUUGAGCUGGCUGCCGUCAGCUUAGCCAGUAUGACAGCUAACAUCAGUGGCUAUGCGGUCUAUCAAGGUCUUGCAACCAGUCUGGAUACCCUUUGCGCUCAGGCAUAUGGCUCAGGAAACAAGAAGCUAGUCGGCCUCCAGACGCAGAGAAUGGUCUGUUUCCUUUGGACCAUGACCAUCCCGAUUGCCAUUUUCUGGUUCUUUGCCGGCCACGUCUUGAGAGCCAUUGUCCCUGACAAGGAGGUGGCCGAACUGGCUGCUCUUUACCUGAAAGUGGCUAUUCUUGGAGCCCCAGGAUAUGCACUCUUUGAAGCAGCCAAGCGAUACGUGCAGGCUCAGGGCUUGUUCUCUGCCUCCCUCUACGUUCUCUUAAUUGGUGCUCCUGUCAAUGCGUUCCUGAACUGGUUCUUUGUUUGGAAAUUGGACAUGGGUUUCAUUGGCGCGCCCAUUGCGGUAAUCGUUUCCGACAACCUUCUCCCAAUCCUCCUAUUCAUCUAUGUCUACUUCUUUGCUGGCAUGGAAUGCUGGAAUGGAUUUACUUAUCGAGCAUUCCAAAACUGGGGCCCCAUGGUGCGCCUGGCCCUACCUGGCUUCCUCAUGAUGGAAGCAGAAGUCCUUGCAUUCGAGAUCCUCACCCUGGCAGCCGCCUACCUUGGAACCACCACUCUGGCAGCCCAGUCUGUCCUUGCAACCAUCGCUGGUAUCAUGUUCCAAAUUCCGUUCCCACUCUCAAUUGCUGGAAGCACCCGCAUUGCAAAUUUCAUUGGUGCUGCCCUUCCCGAUGCUGCUCGUGUCGCUGCCAAGGUCAACAUGACCGCUGCCAUCAUCGUUGGCAUCAUUAACAUCACUCUCCUUUCUACCCUUCGAUUCUAUAUACCCGCCCUAUUUACCUCGGAUGAGGAUGUGAUCGAGCUUAUUGCAGCAGUCCUUCCGCUCUGUGCCUCCUUCCAGCUCUUUGAUGCCUUUGCAACAAACUGUAAUGGUGUGCUCCGUGGCCUUGGAAGACAGUCCAUCGGAGGAUACACCCAGCUCUUCUGCUACUACGUCGUUGCACUCCCUAUUGGCAUGGCCACCGCAUUUGGCCUUCACUGGGAUCUCUGGGGCCUAUGGGGUGGUGUUGCCAUUGGUCUUUUCCUUGUCGGCCUGAUUGAAGGUAUAUUCCUGACCCAAACGAGCUGGGAGCACGCAGUUUCGGAAGCUCAAAAGCGAAACGAAGAAGUCUAA